AUGGAGACUCACAAAUUACAGCACUACCAGACCGUGAUUGUGGCGCGCAACAAUCAAUACACCAUCAAUGAACACGCCCCGAUACCAGAGGUAGAGCCAGACGCUGUGCUCAUUCGCAGCGAGGCAGUCGCGAUCAACCCCGUUGAUGCCAACAGUAUCCGGAAUUUCGCCUUCGACGGCACUGCAGCGGGAUUUGAUGUCGCCGGAACCGUUGUUGCUGUUGGGAAGGAGGUAGACUGUGGGCUCCAAACGGGUGACCGAGUCGGUGCGACGGUGCAUGGCAUGAAUCCUGUCCGACCUGCCGAUGGUGCCUUUGCACAAUAUGUAGUCGCCGCCGCCGAUCUGACGAUGAAAAUCCCCGCCGACCUACCGAUUGAAUCGGCGGCCAGUCUGCCCCUGGGCGUCGGCACUGCUGGGUUGGCCCUCCGAUCGCUGACGCUGGAUAAAAAUGUCUCUGACGGCGUGGGCGGCCAUCCAGUGUUAGUGAACGGGGGGAGCACCGCGACAGGGACCCUGGCAAUUCAACUUCUACGCCAUGCAGGCCACCGACCAAUUGCAACGUGCUCACCCAGCAACUUCGAUCUAGUGCGCAAGGGUGGAGCCGAGGCCGUGUUCGACUAUCGGUCCCCCAGCUGCGCGAUCGAUAUCCGGGCCUACACGCGGAAUGGCCUUCGCUACGUGAUGGACUGUAUCUCAGAGACCGCAUCCAUGGAGCUCUGCUACGCGGCCAUUGGGCGUGCAGGCGGUCGUUAUACGGCAUUGCACCCGUAUUCAUCCCGGAUAGCCGCCACGCGUCCUACUGUCAAGGCCGACUGGGUGUUCCAGCCAGCUUUGUUCGGCCGUGAUGUGAACUGGCCCAGCCCGUUUGGGCGUCCAGCAGACCCUGCACUGAGAGCCUUCGCGAAGCAUUUCUAUCAAGAGGCGCAGAAGCUCUUGGAGCAAGGGCAGCUUCGUCCCCAUCCUGUCAGCGUCUCGUCGGAUGGCUUCCCCGGCAUCAUAGCUGCGGUGGGCCAGAUGCAGGAGAAACGUGUUUCGGGGGCCAAGCUUGUCUGUCGAAUCCCCUAAGGACCCGAUAACUGCGCAACAAAUGCCAUGGGGUUGAUAGUUGGUUGGGGGCUGAAAUCCUACAGCGGUCUCUCAUUGGAGCUGACUUGAAUAGCCCAUAGGCUGCGUAGAUGCAAUCUAACAUGUCCCCUAGUAUCGGUGCUCUCGGGGCGUGCAAUAUUCACGAGGAUAGCAAGUAGAGUCGGUGGCCCUCAAGGGAAUAUGUUGCCAAUUCUGUAGCAAGUCUCAUCACCGAUGUAGUCUAGAAAGAG